AUGGAUAGUGAACUUGGAAGUUUUUUAUGGCCUCGAAAGUUCAUGAUUGCAUAUCUCGAGCGCCACCGAACCUUCAAUCUAGGUGACUCCCACUCACGUUGGGAUGGGAGUAAGGUCCUCUGUGGGUGUUUGUUUGGUCUACUUUUCCGUGAGAGGAGACCGAGUCAGUGUCUGUUUUCCAGAAAUGAGCCCGCUGAAAAUAUGGCACUCGCAAGGGAGUUACUUGAUUUCAAGGACGGGUCCGUGAGUUACAACUCCUACUUGGGAACGCGCGACGUAGACUGUGAGAACUUUCCAUUAACUUACGUUUGUGUAAAUUCUGACCAGCUUAUUAAUAGGGUGGUCGGUCCAACCCACUCCUUUGGCGACAGUUUGCGGGCAGAUGUCUCCCCCGGUGGCGGUGCAUGUGGUUCGAUCAGCCUGGAGUUCGCCAUACAGCGCAAAGGUACUUGGGGACUGGGAUCAGAACCUUCCGUUUGGGAACGGUGGACAAUAAACUUGAGGAUCAAAGCUGUCAGUCCUGGCGAGCGCGAUGAGCACCGGCAAGAACUUGCGGAUCAGUUACACGAAAAAAUAAUGCAAAUUCUGGUUUUGGUGAAUUCACCCAACUCGCAUAUGCCUUCACUGGGUAGCUCACAGUUGGAGACGGAGCACAUCAUUGAAUUUUCCAUCGCUGAUAUAUCACCUUACCGGUUUAGCAUACAGCACAACACGAAUGCAAGUCAAGUUCGAGGUGUUGGAUUUGGAACUCGUCGCCUCCUAAAACAUCAACCACUGAAUGCCCGAAAUCUACUGAGACCCUCAGCUCCGCCAGGUGCCGACCAGACGGACAACGCCCCCUCAAUAUGCAGCGCGUCGCAGUCUCGUACCAAAGCCGGAUCGUGUGCGUCAGCAUUUGACCAAGUUCAGACACACGAAUUUACUGAUCGGAAGGUCCGUGGUUCGAACCCGACCUUUGCCUCUCGACUUCCCCUGUCUAGGCUUGAGCGACCUGGCAGUAUCCCGGCCCUCGUUCCUCCUUCCUGGGCAUGGCAGCUAGGCACCGAAAGGGUGCUACAGCUGAACGACAGACAGAUAGGUUUUCCAGCUUCAUUGAGAUUUUCAUAA